CGAUGACGAUGGCAACGGCGAUGGCAAUCGGGUUGCCGUCAAGCAGGUUGGUGAGGACCCCCCCCACGGAGGUCCAGCCUACCUGACCCUCCAUUCUUGACGCAACGAAAGUCCUUGACAAGAGACGAGAUCUGAAUCGUCUCCAAAGACAUAGACUGGAGGUGCGGUCAGGGUCUUUGGGGGGGAGGAAACAAGCUCGUCCUUAGGCCGCCCGCUAUUUUUAUCAAUCAGGUUUAGCCCGCCCCCUCGUGCGUGCCGAUGUUACGUACAUUUACCGUUAAUCAAAGCGACACAUUCUCAAAGUCAAGGGCCAGGGUUCUCACCAAUCAUUCAUUUAAAACCGACACGCUCCUUUUUCUGCUAUUUUUUACUGUCACAGACCCGUUGUCCUCCAAAAUGAAAAUCAUUCAGUCGCUGCCGUUCCUGUUCGCAUGGUUGUCCGCUGCCCUUGCAGACAUCGAGUUCACCGACCCGCCGGCUGGGGCCAUUAUCCAGGGCAACCAUGUCAUCACGGCGCAUUGGAAGGACUCCGGGCGAGAUCCAAGGCUGUCGGAUUUGACGAAAUACGACCUGUAUCUUUGCGCGGGGGGUGACAAGUCUGGCACCUAUGAGGAGGUUGCAGUGCUGAUGAGCUCCAUCUCUUUUGCCCGUGGAAAUUCUGUGUCUUUCCAGGUCGACCCGGAAGUUGGAGGAAGUGAAGACAAUGCAUACUUCCUGAAAAUGGUCUCCAUGGGCCCGAAUUCGGUGGUCACCAAUUUCUCGAAACGGUUCACACUCCAGGGGAUGACGGGCUCAUUCUCUUCGCGCGUGCAGUCCGGCAUUCUCUCAAUCACAGACACCGACGGACCAGGCAACAAGGACGGCACCAAGCACAUUGAUCUUCGGAAGAGGCAGAAUACUGGUCAAUACACGGUCGCCUACGAGUACCAGACGGGUUUGACGCGCUACGCCCCGAUGGCGAAGAAGCCCGGCACCACCAUCACUGCGAAGACCGCCUCCAGACAGUACCCUACCAGCUCGUACUCGCUUGCGACUACCUACCUGUCUGCUGCGACCAUCGUCACCACCCUUUCUGCUUCAGAGACAUACUCGACUUCCAGUAUCGAAAACACGGCUUCCGCUGCCGGGCAACCUACUGCCACUUCCGACUCGGACAAGAAAAUGAAGAGAUGGCUCGAAAGAUGGCAGGACUGAUUGUCCUAACCCCUCCCCCUUGUUUUUUUACCCUCCAUGGAGUUAUACGGUGAAUUGGGCGGCCUCGAGUAAUAUGUCCACUUGCAGGUCGACUGCGUCUUUGGAUAUCCUUACUGGAUAUCAUUAUCAUUCCCCAGCGUUUUAAUGGAUAUCUUGAUUGGGUUUACUAGGUAUUAUGUCAAGUAUUAGAAUUUUAGUUAAGUCUACUCAUCAAUAGAACUUGAAAA